GUGGAGGGGGGGAGAAAUCAAACAACAACAACAAGGCUCCCGAGGACAGAUGGGGCUGUGAGGGGUUUUUCGGUACUCUGGGCUCUUCCUUCGAUUUCACAGCAUCUGCGCGAUUUGUGUUAUGUUUCAAUGGUCUGUCUGACUCGAGAAUUGGGCGUGCGGCAGCGAGAUUUGUAGGAAUGCAUUCAUAUAAUCCAGAAGAUAGUGAGUCAAAAUGUCGGAUGUUAAUCAGAUUGAUGUUUUGCGGGCUCGUGCGAUUGCUUCAAUGCCCUCCAAACAGAAGUUACAACCCCGGCCUGUUUUGAAGCAACCUGAGCUGGAGAGAGAGGAAGGAGAGCUCUCCUCAUCUGAUGACGAAGUGUCGCUCUCGUCUUUACCUACGGGUGGAGGUGGACUUCCUCCGCAUAAUUCAACAGUAGGAGGAUGUCCCGAAGUUGUCUUUCAGGAGAACGUACGGACUGCUAGAAAUAUUAGUUCUUCCAACGUGGUGGCAGCAUCGUCAACUACGAAUGUGUCUAUUGUGAAUAAGCUACAACUCCUGAGUGGGUUGAGUGCUUCAGCUCCAUCUUUGGGCUCUAUGAAAUCACCAGUUGAAGUGGGACAGGAAAAUUCAGGUGUGUCUUCUCACAAGCCAGAUCAGCCUCCUCAAGCAGAUGUAGAUAAAGUUAGAUCUGCCGGAGGUGUAGCGGUAAUUUCAGAAAAAGAACUGAUCUCCGCACGGCCAGUUCUUCAUAGCUCCCCAAAACAAUUAUCUGUUGCAGCACCAGUCUUUAGACCAGCACACAACAGUUCUCUGAAUAAGCUACCACUCUCUCAUGGGAAGAAGUGUGCAAGACCUGGAGAUGUAGUGCACGUCCCCAAUGGGACUACCGGAUUAUCCUUUAUUUCCCCACACAGGCCGUUUUCGCCUCCUUUUGCAGCUUCGCAUAGGUCUUUUUCACAUUUAUCAGGUCCACGGCCACAACCUGUUCCUUUUCCCGCGGAUCGCACAGAAGCGGAUGAGUUUCUUGCUGGUCUCAACCUUCCUGGAUCUAAUGGAAGCAACGCAAAUCUCAUAAUAAAUUUUGACGACAGCGACAGUGAAGGGGAACAACUAAUAGCGAAGUCUGCGCAAGUGCAGUCUAGAAGUAGUGUUGACCAAGCGGUACCUGCUUGCGCGAAAACAACUUCUCUAACACAAACUCCUCCUAAUAAGAAUUCGGAUGCCAGGAGCAGGGUGGAACGGACUGAUGGAAUGUCACAUAGUAAGAAGACCACCUUCAGCAUCAAAGCAGGGCCCAUGGCGCGACCUGCUUCGGUGUCAAAGCUUUCUCCUCGCACAGAUGAACAAAUAGAGAACUUACGCCUACUGAUUGCUCGUAAGGAGAAUGAAAUGCAACGUAAUCGUUUCAGUCAGUUGCCCGAAUCACGAAUUCGUGCUGCUACUGGGGCUUCGGUUCAAGGUGAUAGCACGCAGACACCGAGAACGAAUAAGAUAGUAGGAAACAAGCUAGCCGUGAAAAGCGCUAAUAAGACACAACUCAAGAAAAAAGCUGGACCAGCCAAUGCUGCAUUUAUAGACCUUGGAACUAGCACUGUUCAAGCAAGUGUUGCAGAGCUGGGAGAGCGGAGUACAAGAAAAGUAGGUGACCCGGUUUCGAUUGUGAAGACAUCUGAUCAUCAAGUCUCAACUGGACCCUCGGAUGAGAUCACUGCGAAUCAGCAGGCCGAAGCCUCUAUUGUGAGGGUAAAAGAAUCUGUGACACCCAAUCUUGGGGCCAUUGGAGAAGUUAGGAACUUAACACCUGGCGUAGAUCGCGUGUCGAUCGCAGCGUCUACACCUGCAGGACCCUCACCAACUGUAGUAUCUCAUGGUACUGUGGCUGCCACAUCCAUUGAGCUUGUCCUAUCUGGAAUCAAGAAUAUGGAGUCUGGUGAAAGGAAGAGUUCUGAAGGCCAGGUGAUCAAAUCUGGUGUGACUACACAUAGAAAUGGAGGGGCUAUUCAAAUUCCUUCCGAGAAGUCUAUCACAAAUAAAGCUGCACUUAACCAAUCUGUCGAUGUUUCGCCGAUAGGCACUCCAGAACUACCUGGUAGAAAUGGUGCUGCUAACUCUCCAGUUGUUGUAGGUGAGUUACAUCUAGAGUCAUCUUAUCUAGAUCAGGCAAUGAGUUCGAGUUUGAAAAGGCCUAGGUUAUCACUUGAAGAUUCUACGGAACAGCAAAAGGAUCACCAAUUGGAUCGGAGUUCCAAUAUUCAAUUUCCGCCUCUGACCAAUCCGAGCUCAGGCUCUGUUAAGCACCUUGAUUACGCUGUUUCUAGGGUUGCAAAUCAGAGCGUUGCUAUUGAAGACAAACUGUGUUGGAAGAGGCAAAAAAUCGACGAAUACUCUCAGCAUGCUCAUGUCACUGAGAUCGCAGCUGGUAAAUCACCCCACUUCUCAUCCCCAGCAAAACAAAUGUUGAGACCACAAUCAUGUCCUCCAGGUCCUUCAACAAUAGGCCAAGUUGAAGAUUGGAGAGGUGAGAGCAGGAGUAAUGGUCCGCAGAAUCUUUCUGUCUCAGCAUCAGAUGUACAUGUGGAUGGUCAGAAGCAUCUGCGUUCACAGAAUCACUGUACACAAAAUGGUGAUGUUUCGUCUGGGACAGCUGAUAUGUCUUCUGUGAGUAUUCUCAACGUAGGCAGCGGCCUUGUCCAGCCAUCUACCUCUGCACGUUUCAAAAAUUCACUAGUACGAGAUUCACAGUUGAUCCCGAAUGGCGGAAAUAUACCCUCUAGCACUGAGCUUGAAGUGGUGCUCAGAAUGCAUGAGGGAGGUUUGUCCUGUGGCUGGCUGCAACCAUUACAUGAUCUUUCUAAUGCAGAUAUUGUUACCACCGCUGAUGCUGCUGGAUUUCAGGUUAUGAAUAUUGACCGUAUCAAGAUGUUGCCACCCGCAUUUACAUCAAGCCUUGUAGUACCCGGCGAAGUUCCUGAUAAAAUACUUUCGCAAAAUAAUCAGGAGACGGUUCCUGCUUCUGAAGUUCCAGGUGGUCGUAAUCCUUCGCCUUCUUUUCAACAAUAUGAUGCUGCUAGACAUCACUUGGAGCACUUCAGCAUGCACAAUAAUUUCAGUGGAGGAAGUGCUAGUUUCUCUUUGGAAAAACUGCGAGAGGAAGAAGACAUUGUGGACAAGGAUCUUGAAGAGGCCCAAGUCGUUAGAAGACAAUGUGAAAUUCGAGAGCGAGAAUUGCGCAAAGCUUAUCGAGACGCUCAAAUCGCACUUAGUGCAGCUGAUACCCGCUGCGAGGCUCUUCGCCGACGUCAAAAGUUUCUGAGUGUCCAGGUCCAAAACGCAGAAUUACACAUCCCUCAACAACCUUCUUCCUCAAUACAUAGUGGCAGCUUAGUUCCCUACGAUAACAGCGUAGCUCCAAGGACUGAUGGGCUUUCUCCAGCGUAUCCAUCGAUUGCAUGGGGUAGUGCUAAGCCUUCAAUAGAACAAGAGACAGACCAUCAUAUGAAUACUCUUGGUAACGUUGCUUCUGUACAGCAAGCUGGUACCCGGAAUCAAUCAUCUGCUCGCGUUGAUAGGCAGAAUUUUAAGAAGUCCUCAAGCAGCGCGGAUACGGAGAUUUUGGAGGAGAGCAUUGACAAAACAAUUCCUCGUGGUAUUCAGUUGUCAGUUGGGCAUGCUCCAAGUACACAGGAAGUUGCCCUUGGCGAUAAAAAUAUACAUAUGGAUGUCGACGAAGCUCCUGAUUUCACUUUUUGUGCAGAAGGCGAGGUUUCUGCAUCCAUCAACAGUGGGAUCGCUGCUUCUUCUCAAAAACAGAAAAGUGAGGGGGAAAUUGGAACCCUUAUGCCAUCUACUGGAGGAUGCCAAGAUGCAUUGGGGUUGAAUAAUUUAGUGUAUUCACGAGAAUACUCCCACGAGGAUCACGUCCUGCGAGAUAGAUCAACGGCAAUCCAUAAAAAUCAAGCUCCAUUUACAUCAACCUCUAGUCCACAAUUGCAUGCUAGUAGAGCAGAUACUGCGGUGGACAAAAAGCAAAUUGAUGUUCUGAGAACGGUAAGCCCUUAUCUUAAAGAUCACAAAGCGUUGUUGUGCCAGGGAGAAACUAGAACUGUGUUUGGCAAUGAUCAAACAAGUCUAGACACGCUAGAACAAGAGCCAUUUCAGAACGGUGGAGAGAUCAUCAGGUCCUCCAGCUCUUCCAUGCGCAAACCAACCUCAACAGUUGUUGCAGAUGAAGACCCCUUCGUCAUUUCCAAGUCCCCGGGGCAGGAUCUCUCUAUUCCUAAUGCUCUUGGAAAUGGAACUGAAGGGUCUCUUGCAAAUUUAACUGAUCAGGACAUGAACAUUGUGGGCUUAGAUAGUUCGGAAAUGCUGCCAGCGGAUCCAAGGUCAACUAGCUCUCUGAAUUGUGAAAUCAUGACUACGAAGCACAAUCGUCAGGAUGACGUUGGCAGGAAGCAUCAGUCUGAGAUGUCUGCAGAUACUGGAUUGAAAAUUAGACCAAGGAGUGGGAAGUAUAUUUUUGGGUUGAGAGCUCUAGCAGAGAAUUUUGAAAUGCAGCAGUUGGAUCCGGAACAUGAAGAGACUUCAAAUAACAGUGAGCAAACAAUCAGAUCUUCCUUGAAGGAUUUAACAGCUGAAGGAUGGACUCGCGGGUCGAUUAGAAGCGGAAAGCAUCAGAGCCGAAGCUCUGUACAAGCAAAAGUUAGUGAAAUAUCCGGAGACAAGGGAGAUUGCGCUAGUAGGACAAGUGAUUCAAGUGAAGGAGAAUCAAGGUCUUUGAGAGGAGAAGAGGGAAGACAAGAGGUGAUGGAAAAUGGUAAAGAUGAAGUGUGUCUUGGAUUACCUAGGUCUGCAAAUUCAGCAGAGAAUCAUCCUUAUGUCCUUGCAAGCGAAGGAGAUCUUCUUGUUGGUGUCGACUCGUCACAUGGACUCAUGGACGUGGUUCAGGACGAUCAACCAGAAGACCUUGAUAUUAAGCAAUUGCCAUCUACUGUACUUUCUAUUGGAUUUAUUGGUUUGGGAACUGGAAGUAACUCUUCACUUUGUUUGGGUUAUAACCAUGUAGCUACAGAUAAAAGGUCCGACGACUCUUUUCGUGUAGCCACUUAUGAGAGCCCCUUGAUUAUGUUUCGCUUCUACAGAAUGUGCGCAGAGUUUCAGACUGCUUGGCACAAAUGCGUGAAAUCUCAGACUUGGAGCCACAUGUUGGAUCCAUGUAAACCUCUUUGCAUAUUUGAACACCGGGGCAAAUGCAAUGAUGAUUCUUGUCCAUGGCAGCAUGUGGCGGACUACACACUUGACGAAGCCCGCCUACUUUCACAGCUCAGCAAGUAUUUUAAAUCUGGGGAAGAGGUUGAAGAACAGGAGUUGUCUUCAGAAGCAGUCAGUUUUUCACUUAAAGAAAUCAGAGGGGGGACAUCGAAAAGUGUUGGAUCAUUAAUUAGCAAUAAAUCGCUACUUCCUAGAACUCUCACUUGGAGUAGAGGAACACUAGCACCUUCUUACAAGAUUGGAGCAUAUCUUGUUAGUCAAGAUGAGGGCUUUAUUCCCAGAGUGAGGUGUUUGCUUAGUUACCAAUAUAGAUUAAUUCCUUUCACAUCCUGCGCGCUUUCAUCUGCCAUACGGAGGCCAAUUCACUUGGAUAUGCCUUUCUUGCCGACAAAUUUUUCGAAUGUUGACAGCCAAAUGACUACUGCGGAUGCAAGUGGUUGGCGCUACACUGGAGAUAGAUCAUUAGCUGCUAUUGAGGGGAUGAUAUCUCUGAAGCAGAAACAUGUUGAUAAAGAACCUGAAGAUAUUGAGGCAUGGCUGGAGCUUGCUCUCACACGCAUUGACUUCGAUCUUCAUUGCACAGAUAUUGACGCAUACAAUGAAGCUCUGUGCGUCCUCUCUCGGGCACUUGAGGCAAAUCCCACUGUGGCCACGCUGUGGGUAGUCUACAUAGGCCUAUUUUAUCAGGGAAAAAGCGAAAUUGGCGAGGAUGACUUAUUUUUUCACGCGAUUCAGAACAGCAAAGGUUCAUAUGAGUUGCUUCUUCUGUAUAUCAAUAGCAGGACGACACUUUCAGAUCGAUUGAGAGCUUAUGAAGUGGCUCUUGAAGCCCUAGUCGAUGUUGGGGAUCGAAGGCAGGAUCAAAGCGCUUACAUAUUAGAUGUCAUCAUUCAGAUGCUAGACUUCAUGUGUGUUGCAAAGGUUACUCAUCAACUGCACACUUGGGCAGAGAACUUCGCUAACCCAAGUACCUCUACCGCAUCACUUCUGGUCUGCUUGACUCCUGAGGAUCGUUGCAUCAUGAUGGUGGCUUGUGCUUAUGCUAUUGCAUUCGGCCAGCUAUCUCAGCACUUUCUCAUCCAUUCGGGAUGUAAGCAGCAGAUGCCAUGGGACAUUGACUGGUCCAGGUGUUCCCAUGUACAGAAAGACUCUAAGGAUCUUGUGCUCAAGGUAAUGGAGGCAGGUAUGCGUUGUGUAGCUGUAUUUUCCCAGGAGGAGUGCGAGCAAGUAAUGGCAGUUAACUACUUAAAAUGCCUAGCUCUGUAUAAUGCACCCGAAGCUGCACUACGGAUAGGUAGAGAAAUUGUGGAACGGCAUCCCACCUGCGUUGAGCUUGUUCUUGUCCUUGUGCGUUUGGAGAAGAAGGAAGGAUGGAUAGAUGUGUUUAAGCAUGCAUUGCAGAUUUCCUCGAAAAACGUCACUGGCCUACAAAGAUUAUGGUACCAGUGUGCUGUGCACAUGCUUGAUGCUGAGGGCAGUUCUGGUGCUUUGGAUAUCCUCUACCAGUGUGGUAUUGCUUCCCUGCGAAGCUCUCCUGAAGAGAAUUCUGAUCAUCUUUAUCCGGGGCAUGCCACCAGGAAAGGCUUACAGCUGAAUACCCGAAGGUUCGAAAAAGCGGAUAGCAGCUGUCCCUUGGAAUGUCGGGAGGCCGUGUUUGCUUGGAUGAAUCUAGCAUUAUUCGAGAUGCUCUCCGGAAAUAUGGUCGAUGCACAAUUCGCACUGGAGAAGAGUAUGAAAGCAGCAGUUUUAAAGGAGGAUGUAAUGCAGUGCUGGAAGGAAAUGACUUCUUUCAUCCGCUUCAACCAAACAGGUCUGGAGCAGGCAAAUGCUAUAUCUGACCUUUUAGACAAAUGUAGUGUAGUAACAAACCUGUUGUUCAAAUUAGUACCUCUUGCUAGCAAAUUACUUAAUCCCAUCUCCAGGCGAAGGGUUCGUGUGUUCCUUGAGUCUCUCAUUGGGUCUGCUUCCGUUGAUCAUUCGCUCAUAAACAGUGUAGUAGAAAUCAUCAUCAGCAAGGAGCGCAACCUAACCAAAGAGGUUGCAACGAUUGUCGAAGCGCUGAUGGAGACAUUUCCUGGAAAUUACGGGUUAGUGUUGCAAAUUUAUAGGAUGCAUAUUGGGCACCUGGACACCCUCUCAAAUUCAGCUGCCACAAUCUGGAUAAGCUCUCUUCUUUUUGGCUCUUUACUUCAAGCAUGUCCACAGGCUUGUGAACAAAUUUGGGUGGAGGCAGGAGACUUGUUAGCACAGCUCAAAGACGAAGUUUCACUCUGCAGUUUCUACCAGUACGCCCGGGUUCUACAUCCCUUCUCGGGCAGUUUGAAGGAAAGAUUUGCUCUGUUUGAAAACUCAAACAAGCAUGACUUUUCCUGACAAAUUCAAGCCUCAAAUGUGCUUUAUCCUAGAACGUUUUGCUAGCACCUUGCCGGUGAAUCUGGUUGAGCCUGCAAAAACAUUUCCGGAGGUACGGGCACGAAGGCCAUUGACUGAGGUGGCAACGUUAUGGAGGCUACCUCGACACUAGGAGCGGAUGGGCCAACCAUGUUGUCUGUAGGCCAUUCCCAGUUGUUCAUACAUAGUCCUUUGUGUGGGAUCUUUGCUUGUUUGUGACGUGCAGUUGUGUUGUGGUUGUAUUAGUGGCGGUUUACAUGCUCCUUAGGAUUCGCUUGCUCUUUCCUAAGGAGUUCUUGUGGCUUGUUGUGGGAAUUGUGUCCAGCUGUGUCCUCUCGCCGGCACCAUGAAGUUCUAUACUCAGGUGAGUCUCCAGGAGCUCUUCUCUUUGACUUCUUCUCCAAGGCGAUGGCCUCUUUCUGGUUUCUAGAAUCCGUUAGGUGUUCAUAGUUGCCUCUUUGGGGGUUUCAGGUUUUUCGUUUCGAUGUUGUAGAAUACUCUUCCAGUUUAAACCUCAUGUAUAGCUUCUCAUAAGGUUGUUGCUGCUGAACUGUGGAGGAAAGCAUUUGGACAUCCAGUUCAUUUUCGCAAUACUAAAGUACUAGUGACUGGUAGAAUCAACUAGUUUACGUUUUCGUUAGGUUAUUUUACUAGAGACGUUUUCUUCAGCGUCCAUACAUAGCAUCGCUACUCAGUUCAUUGUGGCCCAUUUCAUGGCUCAUUCAAGCUUCCGGUGUGACGUGCAUUCCAAGGCUGUUCACUACUGAACGAUAUGUUUCUUUUGGUUUUGCUCAAUGGAGCAUGUUAUUGCAUAUCAGAUGACCAGGACGGUGUGGAGAGCCAGUGAAUACUCUUUCCGGUUUUUAGGAGCAUCAAGCAGGUACAGGUAGUUUUAGAACGUGUUUGAAAAUGCUAUUGGCAUUAACGGAUCAGCUGACAUAUUCAGAUUGAACAUUCAGUGAUGACCUGGUUCAGACUGUUUUCUACAGAUUUUCUUUUUGACUAACAGUCUCAGAAUUAGGGUGUUGAGUUAAAUCUUUAUUUUUGCAAUAAAGUUGGAUGUACUUUUGUUUCCUACA